UAACAUUUUUUUAUGCGGGAUCUCCCACUUAUUUAUUUGCUUCCCUAAUUUCUUCUUUCUUCAAUACAAUUCUCCGGUACAGUAAGGCAGUGAGAAUGGACGGCGGUGACAAGGCGGCGUUUUGCAAGUGCGACGAUGACUGGACUUGCACCAUAACUAAGACCACCGAUCCAUCCAAAUCCGGCAAGGCUUUCUCCAACUGCUCCGGCGGCCCUUGCUGCUGCUCCAUCAAGGCGACUGAGUCGCUGAGCGAGGAAGAGUUAAAGCAGGCGCGGGAGGGGUCGCCGCCGGCGAACUCCAAGGUCUUCUGCGUGUGCCCGGAAGGGUGGUCGUGUGAGGUUUCCAAGACUGCAGGCCCGGACGCCGGCAAGGUUCAGUUCCAGUGCGGCGAAGGUUGUGCCUGUGUGGUCGGAGAAAACGACGCUUUCAAGAUUGCUUCUGUCUGACGAGGUGUAUUAUUGCUUAGCAAUCUUUAAGGUGUGCUUUUUUCCGGUGGGUUUGUAUCUCUUUCCCGCCAUUGUUAUGUACCCACGAAUAAAGAUGAGCACUCAGCCUUGUUGUUA